AUGGGCAGCCCGACGGGAAGAGCCCUGCCUUUCUUCCUCAUCCUUGUGCACAUAUAUCUGCAUGGAGCUUUGUCACAAGCAACCCGCCCUGUGGGGCAACGAAAACCAUUUUUCGAGAGGCUCUGUAGACUAGAAGAGCAGUUUCGGAGGUUCCAAGAGGUGACCCUGACGCACCUGCAGGGCAUCGCCAGCUACUACAACCUGUCCUUCGACAUCGAGGCCCGGUUCCGGAGCCUGGCCCGGGAGAGCCAGGCCGUGGCCCUGGCGCUCAACCAGUCGCAGGCGGCCGUGCAGGAAGAGCUGGGCCACCUCAGGACCUGGGUGCAGAGGACGCAGCGCCGAGGCCGGAAGGCGGACCACAGGCUGCUGGCCUUGAGUGCCACCGUGAGCGAGGGCAGCGCACGGCGCGCCCGGGAGCAGGAGACACAGAGGGCCGCUGUCUCAGGCCUGGCCCGGGACGUGUGGGCCCUGCGGGACGUGCUGCUCCGCCUGACGCCACUCGUCCAAAGCCAGGGAGCCAGGCUGGCCGCUCUCGAGGGCCAACUGCGGGUAGCCGGCACUGGCUCCACCACCCCAAAUGUGACUCUGGCCCCAUCUAGGCCGUCGAACCUGAGCGCCCCACAGCUGCAGGGGGGUGGGCAGGUGUCCAGAGCUUCGCCUGAGCCCCAGAACCCACCUCUGGACUUCGCUCACCGUCUCCAGGGAGCACAAGAGCCCUGGGGCCUAGGCAAUCAGCAGGCAUGGCCCCCUGAGAGCCCAGGAGAGGUUUGCAACGUGGGCCCUGCGCUCAUCUUCCCAAAUGCCUCCACCAUGAAUUUGGGCUUCCUCCGCCCCGGUUUCCUCACGGGUCUUCGGGCCCUGUCCAUCUGCAGCUGGGUCCGCACAGCCGCUGACCACCUGGGCACCCUCCUGUCCUAUGCCACUGAGGAAAACGACAACAAGCUGGUUCUGCAUGGCCACGACUCCCUGGCUCCUGGCUCCGUCCACUUUGUGAUUGGAGACCCGGCCUUCAGCGAGCUGCCCCUCCAGCCACUGCUAGACGGCCGGUGGCACCAUGUGUGUGUCAUCUGGACGUCCAUCCUGGGCAGGUACUGGCUCCACGUGGACCGAAGGCUCGUGGCCACCGGCUCUCGCUUCAGGGAGGGGUACGAGAUCCCCCCAGGAGGGUCCCUGGUGCUAGGCCAGGAGCAAGACCACGUGGGGGGUGGGUUUGACAGCUCUGAGGCCUUCGUGGGGAGCAUGGCAGGCCUGGCCAUAUGGGACCGCGUGCUGGUCCCUGGGGAGGUUUCAAACCUGGCCAUGGGAAAGGCGCUCCCAACGGGUGCCAUCCUGACACUGGCCAAUGCCACGUCAGUGGGCGGAUUCGUGCAGAGGGUAAACUGCACCUGCCUGCAGCUGUGUCCCUGA